UGUUGAAGAUUCAGCCCCGCAAAAAUUAAAACUGCAACGGCGACCAUGACACCAUGACAGUCCACGCAGCCCACAAUACGGUAGGCAAUACAAACGCAAGGUUAACACCAAGCCAGCAACAGCGUUCUUAGUACCAAUACCUACCGGUACCCCCUCUCCCCACAUCCAGAUCCACCGUACUAGUAUCUCAUCCUGUCCUUUUGAAAGAAGGCGCAAUCUACGCUAUUAUCUUUCUCCAACAGAAUCAAAUCAUGCCCCUCCGCAUUCCUCUCUUGGCGUACGUACUCGUCAGCGCCCUGAUAUGUACGGCCAUUAGUGGCGGUAUGAACACGGCCAUUAGCUAUGCCCUGUAUGCCGGCAAAGAAGCCGAAACUAUGAUGUUUGCCUUUCCGAGUACCGUGGCGGGAGACGUGGUCUUGACGUGUAUUAUUGGGAGUGUCAUUACCUGGCUGAUUUCGGGACAACUCGCCUUGGGAGAUCUAGGUGAUGCGGGACCCCUGCGCAUUACAGGAUUGCCCUGGAAAAGUGCCGAGGAACUGCCGGGGACGCUGUUGGCCAAAUUGGCCGUGGCGUCGUACCAGCCCAUCUUGGAAAAGAAGAAAGAUGAUAAAGCUAGGACGCAUCCCGUACGAAAUUUUAUGUAUUGCGCCGCCACGGGUGCUCUGGUUGGAUUGGUAUUGUUGGUACCGACCCUCGGCUUGAUUUUUAUUUUGGCAGGGUAUUUUUCCGUAGAACACGACGCGACACCCGACGACGGAGUGAUUUGGGACAUGCCCACGCUGCUCCUUUAUAAGGGAAUGUUGGGAGCACUCAUGGGACUGGUGGAGCAACCGCUGAUUGUCUUGUUGAUUGCGACCAAGCCUGUUCCAGACGAAAUAAGCGAGGAAGAUGAAGAGUGCGGCAGCAGCCACAGCAAACCAACCGAGACGGCGACAGAAACCCCUGCUCAACAAUAGCACAGUAGUCACGCGCAACCAUAAAGUACUAAUAAUCCAUUCGCGCAUUGGUCUGGUGGUGGAAUAGAAUUAAUAAACGAAGAUCCACUGU